AUGCUUCUUCUCCUGGUGCUCCUGGGUGUGGCAGGGACUACGGACCCUUUGUCAGAUUUAGAACAUGUGGCCGGGAAGCUGGUUUUCUAUCAGAUGGAGGGAAAUGCCACCUUUGUGAGAGACAUGGGAGAUCUGGCGUCAGAUGUCCCCACAGAGACCAUGUUUGAACUCUUCGAUCCCCAGAGGAAUUUCAGCAGAUCUAAAUUCACCUAUACCUGGGAUUUAGGCAACGGAGAAGUGAUCCAGGGGACAGAGCCGGUUGUCCGCUUCCAUUACCCAGAGUCAGGGAACUACACACUGCGACUGAAGGUGGGAGUCAAUAUGACCAAAUACACUCCUGCAAUCACUGGGGUCUACUCCACAGACGUUCAAGUGCUCGAUGCCAUCAAAAACAUUGAGCUGAGGAGCCCUUCAGAUUAUGAGGUGUCUCAGGACUCCAGUUUGGCUUUUCACGUUGAUGGAAGUCCUCCUAUGUGGGUGUGCUGGCGCUUCCUGCCCUACUGUGUGCCGGACACGAUGGGCGGCUGCACACUGACCAUGUUGUAUGAGAACACCCUGAGGCUGAACCACACCUUCACUUCGGCCGGCGUCCACUGCCUGGACAUCAGUGUCCGCAAUGAAAUCAGCAAACUGCAAACCUCCUUCAGUCUCUAUGUCAAGAGGAACAGCAACCCUCAACUCUUCUUCAUGCUGUCAUGUGCUGCCGUCCUCAUCGCCACUUUCUCCUUCAUCGCUGUCAUCGCCUGCCGCAGCAGAACACAGAUUCCUGUGUCCAGUAACGCUUUAUACCUGAAGAAUCCAGAGUCAGAAGGCCAGAGCACGAUUCUCUUUAAAUUCUCCAACCUGGAGAGAGGAGAGAAGGAGCCGCUCCUCCUGCAGUGUGGGACUCAAUACAUCUCCUAA